ACUCGGAAGGCUGAGACAAAGCGGCGAUGGGGGUGAACCGGCAAAAGCGGAAAAUAUUCAGAAGUUAGCGUAAAGUGCAUGUUAUUAUGAUGGAAGUAGAAACAGAUAUCCUAAGGGGACAGUUUGAACGGCUGCCAACCAAAAGGAAAAACUCUGUGAUUCUUUCAAAGACAUCUCUCACCUACGGUGGAGGCAGGGAUGGUUGCUGCGUUUGUCUGGGGCAGCAUGGCUCUCUGUCAAUAGUGACAACGAAAGUGGUUGAUAUUUACGGCGCGAAGGCGUACCAAGGGCCUGAAGGCGAUACUGCUGCUUACUUUCAAGUGUAUUCUUGUCCUAGGUAUGAAAAGAAACGAGUACGACAAAAAGUCUGUUUUAGGGUGUCUUCCUCUGAUAGCGAAGAGGGUAACAUUGCGAUAGCGGAACAAUGGGUUCGAACUAUUUUAUGGUUAAUCAAAGAUCCAGAGAGGAAUUUGAGCUGCGAACAAGAAGAAAGGACUCUUCCCGCUUCCCGCAAACUUCUGAUACUUAUCAACCCGUUUAGUGGAUCUGGAAAAAGCGUGAGAAUCUUUCAUGAACAUGUGGAGCCAAUGUUGAAUGAGGCAGAAUUAGAAUUUAACACCAUAACAACAGAAUAUGCUGGUCAUGCAGGAGAGAUGAUUUUGUCAAUGAACCUUCUUGAUGUUGAUGGGAUUGUUAUUUGUUCAGGAGAUGGCUUAGUGUAUGAAGUCAUAAAUGGUUUGAUGAAACGUCCUGAUUGGGAAGCUGCAAUAAAUAUUCCCUUGGGAGUCAUACCAACUGGUUCUGGAAAUGCUCUUUGUCUUUCUGCACUUUUUGCUACAGGGGAGCCAAAUGAUGUGACAAGUGCCAUUUUUGGUAUUAUUCGUGGGAAUCUUAUGGAUUUAGACAUCUGUUCUGUGAUAACACCAACAGAAAAGUUGUAUGCAUUUCUCUCUGUGACUUGGGGAUUAGUUUCUGAUGUUGACAUUGAAUCGGAGAGAUACAGAUUUCUAGGAGAGACAAGAUUUCUUAUCGGCACAGUAGCAAGAAUUAUUGGACUGCGCAAAUACCGAGGGCGCCUUUCAUAUUUGCCCGCCGAUGAUAUAAACGGUGGAGAGGAUAAUUUAGCAUAUAACUUUACCCCAAGGGAAGAUGUUAGCAGUAGUGCAGCAGAAUGUGAUGUAACAUCCCUCUCUCAACACCAGGCGCACAUUCAGGAGAAUUUAAAUGGUGUGUUCAGCAAACGCAUCAGUGGAAAUUUUUCAAGCCUGGGGCCAUCAGAUCAUCUUCUUCCCCCCCUGAGUUCAGAACUGCCUCCAAGCUGGAAGGUUGUGGAAGGAGAGUUUAUCCUUGGAUGCCCUGUGUUUUUGAGUCACCUAGGCACAGACCUGAUGGCAAACCCAGAUGGAAAGUUUGGCGAUGGGUUGAUGGGAAUCUUUUAUGUUAGAUCAACUACUGGCCGAAUGGCUCUUCUGGAUCUGUUUGGCAAAAUGAAGGAUGGAUCACACGUUCUCAGCCAUCAUGUGGAGUAUGUUAGAGCCUAUGCUUUCCGUUUAGAACCAGACACUAGUCAGACUGGAAACUUAGUUGUUGAUGGCGAGAAAAUUGACUAUGUUCCAAUCCAGGGACAAAUUCAUAAGUCUCUUGCCAAGUUGAUGUGCGUAACACCACCACCUAAAAUGUAGGGAUUUUUCAAUUACAUUAGAAAUUAUCAAAUAGUUACAUUUAUGAAUGUUGAACUUGGUUAUUGAGAUAAUUGAAUUUCACAGUUAAGUAAAACUGUGGGUAGAUUUUAGCUAGGGACUGAUUUAAGAAUUUAAGGGGAAUGAAACUGGGGUCUGGUCAAUUGUCUAUUCCUUUAUAUUUAAGAAUUUUUUAACUUUUAAAAAGGCUACCUAUGAAUAUGGUGGAACUAAUGACUAUUAUAAUGUUAACAAGACUUUUUACCUUUUAAUUCAACGAAUUUUAUAUUUUUUGAAAAACAUUCAACAUAUUAUUUAUAAUGAUGCAGAGAUAAUCUUCAAGAUGAGCUUUUUAUUUCAAUUUUAUUACUGCACAACCUAUGUAAUUGAAAUUUACCAGAAACAGAUGUGCAAUAAAGUGAGUAAAUGCAUUUGAUAAUUUAUUAAUCAAAGUUAAUUAGGCAUUACAGAUCUGGGAAUUCUUCAUCUACUUUACAGAAUUCUCAGCAUAAAUUUCAAUGGCAUGAGCUAGUUUCUCUUCAGGAAAGGAAAUCAUUCUUUUGUCACUUUACACAAUUCUCCUGCUAAGUACUGCAUUUCUAAAUGGAGGCACGGAAUCAAGUAAAUUUCUUUUUAAAAUAUUAGU